AUGUCUGAACAGCGAGAACCAACUCAGGAAGAGCCCAUUGAAGGCAAGGUCGAAGAGCAACUUGAAACGGAGCUUGGUGCCGACCAACCACAGAUUACUCCAGCUAAUGCUACCAAGGGUGGAAGAGAGACUUCUGACCGUAUUUUGUACGUUGGAAACUUGGACAAGUCUGUUACGGAAAAUAUGUUGAAGCAAUACUUUCAAGUUGGUGGUCCAAUUGCCAACGUGAAAAUUCUGGUUGAUAAGAACAACCAGGAGGCCAAUUACGCGUUCGUUGAGUACCACAAGCCUCAUGACGCUAAUGUCGCCUUUCAAACUUUAGACGGCAAGCAAAUCGAAAACAACGUAGUUAAGAUUAAUUGGGCAUUCCAAUCACAACAAGUAUCUUCAGAGGAUACUUUCAACUUGUUUGUUGGUGAUUUGAGCAUCGAUGUCGAUGACGAAACUUUGGCUAACACCUUCAGAGAGUAUCCUACCUUCAUUCAAGCUCACGUAAUGUGGGACAUGCAAAGUGGUAGGUCUAGAGGCUAUGGUUUCGUGUCAUUUGGCGAUCAAGAACAAGCACAGAAGGCAAUGGAAGCUACUCAAGGCUUCAUCCUAAAUGGUAGAGCAAUUAGAAUCAACUGGGCCUCCAAGCGUGAGAAUAACCAACCUCAAAAUGCUCGUGGUCCUCGUCGUGGUGGAUUCCGCAACCAGAACAACAACCAUUUCAGACAUACUCUCCCUCCAAUGGGUAUGGCUCCUCAAGGUGCUCCGAUUCCAACAAUGGGAUUGCCACCUCAAGCUGCCCCACAUGCGGCCCAACACCAGGGUCCUCUAGUGCCUCCACAGGUGAACCCACAAGCUGUUGAUGCUAUGAUCAGAAGUGCUCCUCCAAGAGUUACAACUGUCUACAUUGGAAAUAUCCCACAUUUUUCUACUGAACCGGACUUGAUUCCUUUGCUACAAAACUUUGGCUUUAUUGUGGACUUCAAGCAUUACCCAGAUAGAGGAUGCUGCUUUAUCAAAUAUGGUACUCAUGAACAGGCUGCUGUAUGCAUUUUGGCACUUGCCAACUUCCCAUUUCAAGGUAGAAAUCUUAGAACUGGAUGGGGUAAGGAGAAGCCCGCCUUUAUCCCACAAGGUAAACCAGGUCAAGUUCCUCACCCAAUGGGUCAAAUCCCUGUAAGAGAAGAUCAACCAGAUCAGCCAACUCAACAGGCACAGCAAGCUCCUGAAGAUCACCAAGAGGAAAACCAAUAA